AUGCUUUUUCCCAAGGCACUGUACGUCUGCGUGUACUCAAUCUAUGGCUCGGCCAUAGCCUAUCUGGCACUGUUCUAUGACGAGGCGUUACACUUGCCGUCCAACCAAAUCGGCGUUUUGCUUGCCAUAACCCCGUUCAUACAAAGCUUAUCGUGCCCUCUGUGGACCGUCGUUGUCGAUCGCAAGCCCCAAUGGCACGGCUAUCUCAUGAGUGCAUUGGCCAUCAUUGGAGGAAGUGGUGUAAUGGCGCUCUUGUUACUACCGGGAUGGCUAGUUCAAGACGUCGACGACGGCAACAAUGGCGGCAACACAAUGGUCACCUUUGCCGCAGCUGUGACGCUUGCACUUAUUUUUGCGUUUUUCGGCCAACCCGUCUCGACACUUGUCGACAGUGCCGUAUUAAAAAUGCUUGGCGAUCAAAAAAUCUUGUAUGGCAACCAGCGGCUGUGGGGCUCUGUUUCGAAUGGGCUCAACAUUCUCCUUGUCGGUUUAUGGGUCGGUGUCUCUGGAAUACAGGUCGCAUUUUACGUGUUUGCCUUUGGUGUAACCUCCUUUGCUAUACUGGCCUCGUUCACAAAGUUUUCAUCGGCCGAAGAGAGCGAUGUACACAAUGCUGACUGGGCUGCUGCUCAUAAUAACAACAACGAAGACGAUGAGCAUCAAGGAGGCAACCACAACAACAGUCGUCAGCCAUUGCUUCGCAACUCACUUAGCUUCAAUCGUCCUUACAAUGCAAUAACGGGGGAAAAUGGUGCACCCCCUAUUGCAUCCUCGUACCUGACUUCGCUGACAGGCGCCCUUUCAAUCGGCACCGAAGUCGACGCUUUACCGCGUCGUGACAGCUUAGCCAGCUACGCCAACACCGAAUACUAUGACGACUAUUACGACGAGGGCAGACGGCUUGGACUAUUACGGACGACAACGACAGCCAUGGACGUUCAACAUGAGGCGAGUCAGCGGAUCGCCAAUAUGGAUCAUCUACCCCCACUCGGCCUUGCCUUAUCCAAUAUCCCCACCAUUGAUACCACACUAGCAGCAUUUGCUGACUUGGGCCGCCCUGAAUCGAAAGCACCCGAGAAAUCCACCUUGAGAUCACCCCGGAUCUCGUCCUUUUUGCUUACCAUGAUGUUGUUUGGCGUAUCGUAUUCGAUGAUUGCACAGUUCCUAUUUCUAAUUUUGCGUAACGACUUGGGGAUUGACUCGUCAUUGAUCGGCUGGACAGGACCUAUUGCUGGUAUUGCAGAAGUCAUGACCUUUUGGCUUUCGAAUAAGCUCUUGGAAGAAUUCAAUGUAGCUAGUCUUAUUGGAUUUUCACAUGUGGGGAUCAUCAUGCGUAAUCUGAUAUAUACGUGGAUCACACCUGGACAGCCCAUGUCAACAGUGAUUGCCUUGGGCAUGCAUCUGGUUAAUGGCUCGGCGUAUGCUUUGCUUUGGUCAACUGCGGUUUCCGAAGCAGACGCCAUCUUUCCCCCGGAUCAACGCGCUGUCGCACAAGGCAUCUUGGCUUCUCUUUUUACGGGACUAGGCUACGGAAUUGGAUGUAUCGCCGGUGGCGCAAUCUACAAUCAACUCGGUGCAGUGGCCCUGUGUAAUUCCUCUGCUGCCGUGGCUGCUCUAAGUCUAGUCGUGUUCCUCUGUGGUCGUAGUAUGCAGUAG